AUGAAGAAUAAUUGUAAAUUGUGUCGAUAAAGUGCAAGAUAACUCAUUUUGGAUAAAUUGGAAACUAAAUACUUUGAAGCAUUCAAUUUCUAUUUUGCUAAGCCUAUAAAUGAAAUCCUUUCUUAAAUUACGAACACUCCUCAUGUAAUUUAUUAUAAGGAUUAUGUGAUAUUAGAUGAUCAAUAAGAAUAUAUGAAAAGGUAGUUGAACUUGCUUAAAUUGUAGAUAUUACAAGUAGGAUGAAGUCAAACCAAGAAUUGAUAUAUUGACUGAAUUUUACGUGACAAAUUACAAGGAUGCACAUCCCUAUUUAUUGGUUGUUGAUUAACAUUAACUGAUGGUAAAGAGAAAUAAACGAAUUGAUAAACUCUAUUAUUAAAGAGUCUAAUUAACUGAGCAUUCAAACAAAUCAAAUAAUCCUAUCGUUAUUAACAAUGUUCUUAAUUCAAAACUAUCAUCUAAUUCAUAAAUCAGUUAUGAAACUGAAGAGCAUGACAUUUAUUCAUCAUAAGAUAAAGCAAAGAAAUUUAGUCGUCUUGAUUUUAAAGGCUUAAAUAUGAUUAAUAUUUAAGAAGAAACUCCAUAGAUAAAUGACAUGCUUAAUAAACAUUACCUCAUUAUAAAUUAAAUGAGUAAUUAACUCAAAAAAUUACCAUCAAAUUUCUAUUUGAAAUCUCCUAUUCAAAGUUAAUAAAUUAUUUCAACCAACACAAUCAAAGAUUUACAUGUUGUUAAAACUGUUAAACGAAGAACUAAUCAUGUUGAUAUAAGAGAAAAGAAAGGUAUUUAUAUUUCAUUUUUCUAAUAGCUAUCCUUGCCAAUUCUAAAAGUGAAUCUAAGCAUUCUUAAUCUAGUUUUAAAAUGUCUAAAAUAAAAGAUUCAGUUGAUUAAUAAGUAGAUUAAUUUCAGGAAUAUGUGUCUGCUCAAAUUGAACCAAUAGAUUUGUAGGAUAAAAAUAAAAAAUAAAAAAUGGAUAAUAACUUUGUUAUUUAAAAGAUGCUUAGAGAAUAUAAAGGUAAUCAUAAUCGAUAAUUACGAUCCGCUAUAUCUCAAGAUUUAAUGGUUGCUAGUACAUCAACUGUAAUCUAGGGAUUUUAGGGUUCAUAAAAGAGUAUUAAAUAGGACUAAAAUAAUAAUAAUGGGAGUAUAUAAAAUAUAUCCUAAAGGUAGGAGUAAUUAAAGAAAGCAUAUUAACCUAUUAAUAUUUAAUAAAAAAAAAUUAAUUAAAAUUAACUUGAUAAAAUUACAAAAGGAGGUUCUUUAACUGAUAGAAAUUCAAAAUAAUUACCUAUAGCUGAAGAUCUAUUCCAUAAAUUGCAAGAUUUGAAAAUAAGAAGUUCAUAAAAUGCAGAUUAAUAAAAAAAACCUGAAUUCAACUAUAUGUUACCUUCAUAAUAUAAUACAAUAACUACCUUCAAGAUGAACAGUAAUUCAAAAGCUAAAUCUUAAUAUUCUAAGAAAGGUACUGGAGUUGAUCUAGGAACUAAGUCUUAGCAUCAAUAAUAAGCAAAUCACAGUUAAUCAAAGGUUUUGAAUAUUAAUUCUUAAAAAUCAGAUGACAUUGUCAAAAAAUAUAUAUAGAUGGCAACAUAGUCAAUAUAAAAUCAUAAAAAAUUUGAUUUUAAAUUGAAUCUUUAAAAUUUAAAUAAUAAUGAACCUCAUGUAGAGGAUGAUUUUUGUAAUUAUAGCAAAUUAUUUAGAAAAAUAACGUCUGAAUUUUCUUACAGAAAGACACAGUUAACAAUAGGAUAGAGAAUAAUUUAUUACUCAUAGAAAAAUUGUGAUUAAAUAAUGA